AUGGCGGAGAAGGAGCACAAUUUGUCAAACGUAGAAGUGAUGAGAUAUAGUAGACAAAUCUUGGUGCAAGAAUUCGGUGUUCAAGGUCAGGAAAGACUUCGAGCCACUUCAUUACUGAUUGUUGGUGCUGGCGGUUUGGGAUGUCCUGUCGCGCUUUAUUGCGCUGGAGCUGGAGUUGGUCGAAUUGGUAUUGUGGAUGGUGACUUUAUUUCCUCUAACAACCUUCACCGUCAGAUUGCUUAUGAUGAACACUGUGUAGGCCAGUCAAAAGCAGAAUCGUUAAAAUCAUCAGUUAAAAGGUUGAAUAGCAAAGUUCGCAUUGAUGUGUAUAAACAUUAUCUCUCAAAACACAAUGCACUAGACAUUGUUUCCAGUUAUGAUAUUGUCGCCGAUUGUACGGAUAAUGUCUCUACAAGUUGUGUGCUUUUCUGGUAUUUGGUCAAUGAUGCUUGUAUAUUAAUGAAGAAACCAUUGGUGUCAGGAAGUGCUGUUCGUUGGGAUGGUCAGUUGUCCGUGUACGGUUAUGGUGAGGGUUGUCCAUGUUACCGCUGCUUGUUUCCUAAGCCUCCUGCAAUAGAUGCCGUAACAAAAUGUUCAGACAGUGGAGUGCUUGGACCAGUAGUUGGUGUAAUCGGUAGUAUGCAAGCCGGUGAAAUCAUUAAAAUUGCUGCGACCAAAAAAAGCUGCUUUGCUGGUUUCUUGUAUUUGUUCAAUGCUUUAAAUGGUACAUCCAAAACCAUCAAAUUAAGACAACAAAAAGAUGAUUGUGCGGUGUGCGGUAAGAGACAAACAAUUACUGAACUUGGAGACUGUAAAGAAUUAUAUGGGUGUUCAACCAGAACAUGUACCAAGAUGCUGACGGAAAAUGAUCGUAUUGAUCCAUAUUCUUAUUUCAAACUCAGUGAAAACAGUGACAAGAAGCCAAUUUUGAUAGAUACAAGAUGGCCUCACGAGUUUAGCAUUGGGCAUCUACCAAAUGCUAUCAAUAUACCGAUAUUAAAACUCUGUUGUUUAACCUCAGCAGAUGUGGUGCGCGAAUUAGAAGCAGACAUCAACGAAAUGAGAGAUAGAGGAGUUUACGUGAUUUGUCGUAAAGGUGAAGAUUCGCAAAUAGCUGUACUGUAUUUACGUAAAGAAUUUGCUGAUUCUUUGGUUCCCUUCAAGGAUAUCAACGGUGGUUAUGAGAAUUGGUCGCAAGCUGUUGAUAAGGAUUUCCCAAUUUAUUGGAACACAUAA